AUGAAUCCAAAGCAUUCUCCUCGAUCCACAAUUUCAACCCCGUCAUCGACUAAGGGAUCACAGCUCUACAAAACAUCACGAUCUGGAUACGAGAGAAAGGGGACUAAGAUAGUAUCCAGCGUUACGGGAGUGAGCUAUACAUCCCCAGCCUCGUUAUUGAUGAGGGAGGUUAAAACUGCAAAAAUAGCGGAAGGCGUUUCCAAGCGUAUGAGCUCUCACAAGCCUAUUAAUUCCUCGCAAGUAGUUCAUCAAAUUAUACAAAACUCCAAGGUGGGAGAUGCUGUUUCUGCAAAGGAGGAAUCGCCAUUUCCUUCUUAUGAUGUACAUAUUCGACCAACAACAAGUAAGGUUCCUCAUCCAUUCUCUUCAACAAGCAAUGAAUUUUUCGUACACAACAAACAAAUCAUUGAGAAUGCUUCUCCGAUAUAUAAUAGGAACCUGAUCAAAGAAUAUAGCGUGCCUCAAAUAUCCUUAAAAAUGAAAGAGAUUUUAGUACCAGUGUCAGGACAUGUUUCUUCGUCUGAGUCCGUUUCCGAAUCAUUGCAACAUCUUCAGAUCAAACCAUCCUAUAACGGGGCAAAGAGUGAACAGGUUCUUGAUGUUGGUUUCAACAGCCAACAAAUUGAUGAGCAGAAAGAUGGUAAAGAAGAUAACAUAAUAUUUUUUGAAGAAUGUUGUGAAAGCAAGGCUGUGAUAAAUUCACAAAUUGGGGAUAACAUUGUUGACAGGACUCCACCAAAGAAUGAAUCAAAAACCAAAGCACCACAGACUGCAUCUCCUUGCUGUAAGUUAAACGCCUCGUUCAGUAUUUCAAAGAACAUGCCUGAAGCAAAUUUGGACAAUUUUGAAAAAGUGGAGGACGAAAUUUCAGAAGAAACCUACGAUGAACAAACAAGAAGAAGCAGCAAUCACGUGAAACAAAUGCUGUCUCAACACCGACGUUCUCUCUCACAAAGAGAAGCAAACAGCAGAGAAAGAAAGAAGCUUCUGCAUGGAUUUACAUUAGAAGAAAUUCAGCGAGUCACAAACGAAAUUUGCAAACCACUGGUAGAAACUGAGUAA